AUGCGGUAUGGUUUCCGCCCCGCCGUUCGAUCUGCUCUUUUUUUUGGCGUUCUAUUAGCCAUUAUUGAAUGGGCUGGGAGCAUACUAAGGGAUUGGCUAUUCAUUUGCUUCAUGGCAGCCAUCACAUCUUGCUUUGGUCAGAUUUUAUCUUUAUCAGUUGGAGUCUCAGACAUCCACCAACUAUCAACCAAUCCAGGACAUCCUUUUGCUAUUGGUCUUACUAUGGCAAAGCUUGCUGCUUUUACAGUGGAUGAAAAGGGGAAUGAAACAUUUGACACCAGUGGUGCACUAACUGUGCAUGAGAUGCUAUCACAGAUGAACCCCACAUUGGUAAUGAGUGAAAAAAACUUGCAAGAUGAAAACACAAAACCUGCACCUAUGCUUAUAUCAUUAGUGUUACAGAACUAUAGGGGACACGUGGACCAUUGGGUUGAGUCAUAUCAGGUACCUGUUCCUGCACUAAAGGAACAUAUUGCUUCUGUUACUGCUGUAUUGUCUGAACAGCAACGUUUAAUCUAUCGUGGCAAAGUUCUAAAAGAUGAUCAGCUCCUUUCAGCUUAUCUUUUACAUGGUAAAGUGGUGCAUAAAGUGGGUGUUGUAUCUAUAGGUGUUGGAGGCUUAAAGCUUACUGAAUACCUUAAAGAGCAACUUCGUCUAAGAGAUCUACAUGUUUCUUCAUUAUACACUAUUCGCUCAUUGAAAGAGGCAGUGGCAGAUUGCACUGAGCGUUGCUAUGCUGCCAAAAUGAGAACCGAUCAUACUUGGUUCAGGACAGUUGUGUUGGUUGGAGGCACUGCAUGUUUACCAGGGUUACCAGGUAUAAAUUAA